GAAUGGAAGAGGAUUCGCACGUGCUCCAACGAUAUUAAAAAUGGAGUUCAGAAUGUUUUCGAUGAGGGUACAGGGAUGAUCGAUCAAGUGUAAUGUAUUCAUGCAGGAUUUAAUACUUGGACAGCCCAUGAUAUUAAGAUGCGGAUGUUGACGAAGACGUAGAUGUAGAUCUCUGCGGAUGUAAUCGUCACAAGCCGAUGACGUGUGGAAGUAGGUAGCUCAAAGGUUUACGUAGGAGGAAUCUCGUAGCCAUUCGAGUCCCUCGCGAAUGCCCUCGUGAGGUAGACAGAGAUGGUUGUAACCGUGGUUGUAGCAUUCUUUGCCUAUGCUGGUACUACUGCAGCCGUGGCACUUGUUGCACUGGCAAUCCAGGCUCUCGCCGCAUUUUCCCCACAUGUUGUGACGCCCCCCGCAUCGCUGUCCCGGACCCUACAACCCAAUCACAACCAACACGAAGGAGGUUCGAUCCGCGAUGGGAAUGAUAAAUCGAGUGAGGGGACGCGUUAGAGCAAAUUCUGUGACCGUCGACGAGGAGAGGACAGCCCAGAGUGUUUGCCUUCUCAGCGCUAUUCUCCUGCUGCCCUACUGUCCCAGGGGACCGUUGCCCCUGUUACCGCCCCCGGCUCCAGCUCUCUACUCUGCCCUUGUACUGCCCUUCGUACUCAGCGCCAACUAUCGAUAUCCGGUAUCGGCUCUCAAGACCCUCGUCGAAGCCACUAAGGGUGGUGUCAAAAAGGCGUGGAAGCCUCUGAGCGGUAUUUUCGGGCUUCUCUACGCGCCCCUGGAUCAUGCAGAGAAUUUAUUCGUUAAAAUGCGUAACAUUUCUGUUAUGCUGGACCAGAUAGUGUUCCUGACAUUGACCGACAAGAUCCUCGUACCUCGGGAGAGGAUGACCUGUCUUUAUACUUUGAUGUUUUAUAAUGUGAUAGCGUACUGCGUUGGCUACAUUAAGGAACUUGCGGAGAAGGAAGACUGGUCGCCGUACAUAACUUUGACGGAGAAAUCGCAGAUAAAGCACUUGGCUAUGUCUGCGACUAAAAUUGUUUUGGAAUGGACCAAGGCUAUAACCUUCCUGAUCACUCUCACGUUCGUGCUUCUUGUAUUUGGACUCGAGCAAGGUCUGCAACAUUACAAACCCUCGGCGUUCUACACGGUCGUUACCUGGGCGUAUUACGCUUCUACGGAAAAGGUCUUUGUGGAAAUGUUUCCUGGGAUUCUGAGUUUCCUAGAGCUCGAUGCCCUGGAGAAUAUCGAGAACCUCUACGCGCCGGUAAUCCUGCGUGGUUUCACAAUUGCUGUAUCUGCAUUGUUCACGUUGAUCCUGCUGCCGAGUGCUUCCUGGAAAUUUUUGCUGUUCGCCGCUUAUCUCAAUGUGUUCCUGCGAUCUAAGGACCUCUUGCGAAACUCCGUUGCCGUGCUGAGACAGGAGCGGGAAAUUUUAAGGCGAUAUAGAAAAGCCACUAACGAGGAUAUCGAGAGGUUUGACGACGUCUGUGCAGUCUGCUUGUGCGGAAUGGUGAAGGCUCGCAUUACCCCUUGCCACCAUCUCUUCCAUGCGGAUUGUUUGAGGCAGUGCUUGAAAAGCAGCGACAAAUGCCCCAUGUGCAAAAGGGAGCUGAAAUUUGAUUGAGGAGCCUUGCAAAGUGAUCAAGGGGUCGAUGAUCUUGAAUUAGAAUCGAAAGCAUUUCAUUAUAACCGUCGUGUUGAUCGAGGGAAUUUUGAAUGUAUUAGAUUGAAGAUAGACGGCACCCAUCAAGUAGAUAGCUCUCGGUGAUUAUUGACUGCAAAGUAGCAGUUCAACGAUUCCGACGAUCAAAAUCAAAUUGUUAAAGGAUCGAUGCUUGAAGACGGCCAAGGUGUGCGUAAUUAACGGUAUUCGCAAACUAAUUGUGUAGAAACUUCGGUUAAUAUGAAGCACAGAUUCCUUUAGAUUAAUGUUACUGUGAUAAUUUUGGAUGGGGCACUGUCUACCAAACUGACCUCAGAAUAAGUCGCUUAUAUUCAUUAUUUCUUCUCACCUCCUACUAGUACUUCAUUUGUAAAGAUACGUUUAGUAUAUAACAAACUAUUUUAUACCAAGAAAAUAAAGCUAGUUAGUGUCACGAUUCAAACAAGUGGCCCAAAUUCUGUGCUAGAAUAAAACUGUCGAAACCUAUCACAGGCAAAGUAUGCUGUCGAUUGAAAUAUAGGGGACAGUGUCUCUGGUUUCCCA